GAAUGUUAACCAAGCAAGUGUUUUGCAGUUUUAUAUACUUUUAAUAAAUUUUUAUCAGAAAAAUCUUUAAGCCUUAAUUUUACCAGGAAAAGCACAUUGAUAUUAAAAAUUUAAAAAUAAAUAAAUAAAUAACUCUAUUUGCUAUAAAAUAAAAUGAAAAUGAGAAAAGGAUCAAUAUCUGUACAUAACACUAAUUCUGUCACCAAGCCAUUUAAAAAUCACUCUAUAAGCAUCCAGAGUAAUCAGAUUCUUUGUAAUCUAUUCCAGGGAGCAAAUUUAAAUGCCCUUUUCCCCCCUGUUCAACUUUAAUUUGUUUGAGUGAAUGAUUUCUAAGAUCUGAGACCGGACUGGGAUCUGGAUGGUAGGUGGUGUGGUCAGUUAGGCAGAACUUGAGGAACGUGGCAGAUAAAAUGUAGGAUGAAGCUACAGGUGGAAGAAAAGUAAGGGAGAAAGAAUGAGGUAGAAUUUGAUGAAAGUAAUGAAAGAAUGGAGAGUGAAAUGCUUCAGAGGAAAUGCAUGUGAGAAAGGAUUAAGGGUACUCUUGCAAUAGAAAGCUGGGAUGAGUCGAAGAACAAGAAAAUGUGGUUUCUGUAAAUUCCAGUGUAAAAAGCUGUGUUGCUGAUGGUAAAAUCACACAUCUCACACAGAGACAUCACAAAGGACGACAAAAAUGAGCACAUUUGGUAAGAUAACCAAGAUUUUGAGUUACUUGAAGGAAUAUCCUCACAAUCGAUCAUUACACCAUUCCCUCAAGAACAUCGGAAAUACUAACGAGUAUUACUUCGACAAGAGUACACGGUUGUCACAUGACCGUAUGAUGCAGGAGCCUCUCAGCACGAAUGAUCCAGAGGUAUUUAACAUCAUUCAGAAGGAGAAAAGGAGACAGAUAUACAGUUUAUCACUUACUGCAUCUGAGAACUUUACCAGUCGUGCUGUUUCAGAGGUCCUGAGCACAUGCAUAGGCAACAAAGUUGUUCAACGAAGUCUUCAGUACUCUGGCGAAGCAGACAGCGUGGAUGAACUGGAGCGUCUCUGUCAGAAAAGAGCGUUGGAGGUUUAUAAGCUUGACCCAGAAAAAUGGGGUGUAAAUGUACAGCCUUAUUCUGGAUCGUCUGCCAACUUUGCUGUGUACAUAUCAGUAUUGGAGCCUCAUGGGAGGAUCAUGGGGCUUGAUCCCUGUGAUGGUGGCCACCGGAGCCAUGGAUUUAUUUUGGACAAAGAGAAAUUCUCUGCCACCUCCCUCUACUUUGAAUCAAUGUCCUACAAGGUCAACCGAGAGACCGGUUACAUUGAUUAUGACCAACUAGAGGAAAAUGCUCGUUUAUUCAAGCCCAAACUAAUAAUUGCAGGUCCCAGCUCCUACUCACGUAACCUGGAUUACGGUCGUCUGAGGAAGAUAGCCGAUGAGAACGGAGCUUUCCUGCUGGGUGACAUGGCACACAUUAGUGGACUUGUUGCUGCUGGAUUGGUUCCAUCCCCCUUUGAUUACUGCGAUAUUGUUUCGACCUCCACUUAUAAGACCCUGAGAGCCUGCAAAGCUGGAGCCAUAUUUUACAGAAAAGGUGUGCGCAGUGUGGAAGCAGAAACAAGAAAAGUAACUCUUUACAACUUGGAGAGUUUGAUCUGUGAAGCUGUAUUUUCCAGACUGCAGGGAGGACGUCACAUCCAUUCCAUUGCAGGAGUGGCUGUAGCAUUGAAGCAGGCACUGACUCCAGAAUUCAAGGCCUACCAAGUACAAGUGCUGGCAAAUUGCAAGACAUUAGCAACUUCUUUAAUAGAAAAGGGCUACAAAAUUGUUACAGGUGGUACCGAUACUCAUCUUUUCUUGCUUGACCUUCGUCCGAACGGAAUCGAUGGAUUAAGGGUAGAGAAGGUGCUACAGGACUGCGCCAUUAGCUGUAACAGCAGCCCCUGCCCAGGUGAUAGUGCAUUGCACCCCUUUGGCGUCCGUUUAGGAACCCCUGCGCUCACAUCACGAGGGUUUGUAGAGGAAGAUUUUUGCCUAGUGGCAGAAUUACUUCACAGAGGCAUUCAGUUGGCUGUGGACAUCCAGAAAAACAUGAACCCCAAUUCUACUUUCAAGGAGUUUAAGGAAACUCUGGCUCAAGAUAAGAACUAUCAAAAAAGAGUACGAGAAAUCCGAGAUGCGGUAGAGGCUUUUGCUGGAAAAUUCCCCAUGCCUGGACUGCCUGAGCUAUGAGACUAAUCCUCAUUCUCUGUUCCUGUAUCGGUGCUAUAAAAAGUACCUCAAACUUUAACUGUGCUAGAAAUGUGGGAGGAAAACACACAUUUUAUACAGUUUAUGACGAUGUGCAAUGAUACAGAAAAAAUGCACACUAUUUUGCAUUGUUUAUGAUUCAGAAAUAAAAAAAAUAAUAAAGUUUUUCUUCAUUCAGA